UGGACGGUUUGCACGUCGCCAGCACAGACGGAAGUUGUCCUUCUCUAGCUGUUUCAUACCGUAUGUAUUUUCACGAGUAGUUGUGUACACUGUAUGCUGUACGCAGAGGAUUAAAACUCGGGACGCGAAGGUUCGGUCGGUGAUGGAAACCGUGUCGCAUUGUGGAGCUCGCGUGGAAUAAUAUACCCACAUUCGCCUGCAGUUGGAAUUUGCGGGAGAUUGUAUUGCGGCGGGUUCCACGAGGUGCCGUUAGAGCGCACAGAAAGCCACUGCGACCGAUGAUUGUGGUGAAGCGGUGGUGCGGUAGGUGAAUUGCGAACCGGCAGAAGCUCGAAACGGGCAUCUGGUGUAUUGUGAGAUGGUUCAUGUCGUAUGAUGUUCAAAGUGACGAAAUCAAUCGUUCGGAGAUUUGCUGGCUGGUUGUAAACAAGAAUUUCCCGCAGCUGGAUCGGCACGGUGCGCCCGAUUGAAUUAUCAUCGUCUUCUUGUGUAUAUGAUGUUCAGAAAUUUUACUCUGCUUUGAAGUUCGUGGAUGUGUCAAACGGAAGGCGUUUUUAUCAAAUAACAGUGCUAUUCGUGGAAAAUCAACCAACAUUGCAGCCGCAAGUCAAAUAACCAAUAGAAAAUUUAAUAAAAAACGGCAAGUAGUGUUGUUGAGCAAUUGGCGCAAUUCCGUUGGCCGGAAGUGUGGCAAACAGUGCCCUAUAAAUUGAUUACCGUUUUCGAUAAGUGUUAAAUGGAAAGGCGGUUCAUGAUGCCCGUGCUCCAUCAGUGCUGAUGCUAGUCGCUGUCGGUUACAAGUGAUUCGUCGGUACUUCAUUAAACAUUGAAUAGCCGCCGCUGGUAAUGCAGAAAACCGAUCGAGUUUAUCUUCUCGAAUGAUAGAAUAACAAUGCGGCGCGCGAGUGGAUCGAUUGCGUUUGAGUGCAGGUCAAUAAAUACUGAAUGCAGUAUUGGAUCCUGGCUGCAUUCUGGCAGUAGUGUACUUGUGCAAACCGAACUGCAGAGUGAUACCAAUCGAUGGGGCUUACUGGAAAUUGUUUAGUGUUUCCUGAUUUGGGUUUCACAUAAUAGACAACCAAUUAGAAGGAUUAAAACAGUGGAGAAGUUUUAAAGUGAUUGUUAAUCAAUUACGGUCCGGUAGAAACGCUUGCUUCCAAGCUAGUGGUAACUGUGUAGCUGGAUAGAUUGAGUUAAAAAUGCAACCAGCGCUUCCAAUAAUCGAACAGUGCGGUUCCAGUUAAACACACACACACCCACACUCACGCCGAACGAAAAAAAACAUGCAGAGCGCAAUCAUCAGCGGAAUAGUUUUGCUGGUAAAUUUGCAACUACACCUGCACAUGGCAAACGGCAUCAUCAGCAACAGCAUCAACAGCGAAGGAGUUGCGGACAGUGGCGGUGGCGGCGGCGGCCUCAGCGGUGGCGACAAUUCCGUUCAGGGUCGACAUACCGUCAUCAAAAAGUUUUCCCCACAUCCGUACUUUGAUUUCGACAUUCCGCGGAACAUUACAACCCGCGUAGGUCAGACGGCGUUCAUAAAUUGCCGCGUCGAACAAAUUGGGGAUAAAUGGGUUUCCUGGAUAAGAAAACGAGAUCUUCAUAUCCUGUCAGCUGGAAUGGUUGUGUACACCUCGGAUGAGCGAUUUCAGGUGACACGAUCCGAAAAAUCGGAUGUUUGGACAAUGCAAAUUAAAUUUGCCCAGCAGCGGGAUUCGGGCGCUUACGAGUGCCAAGUCAACACAGUGCCUAAGAUGUCAAUGACAUUCCAGUUAAACAUAGUCGAGGCGAAAGCGCUCAUCCUCGGACCAACCGACAUAUACGUAAAGAUUGGCAGUGCCGUCACGCUGACCUGCAUCAUCACCCAAGGACCACACGAUCUGGGUACAAUCUACUGGUACCGAGGGACAAAUAUCAUCAAACCAACGGAAGCUCAUCCCAACGAGACGUCAGUAGCAUAUCCUCCACGAAUAUCCGUAGAUCUGAAGUGGACAGAAGCAUUAACUUCGAGACUGAAAAUCCUCGACGCCAAGCUCUCGGACUCGGGCAAUUACACUUGCCUGCCUACGCUGGCGGAAGCAAGCAGCGUUCUGGUGCACGUCCUUAACGAGGAAAAUCCUGCCGCGAUGCAGCGAGGUGGCACGAUUGCCCAGCACUGUGCCAUCACCUGCAGGUUACAUCUGCUGCUGGCCCUAGCAGUGAUCCUGUUUACACGAUACCGUCUAUCGAGCUGGCCAUCGAACUCGUCGUAGCCAAGGUCCUGAAUCCCCUGUCCAGAAUUGGUCUCCGGUUGCAGCGGAUGUUAGAUGUAACACACAAAAAAAACAGAAAAAUACAUUCCAUGCUGCGCCCACAAACCGUGUGUGAAAUGUUGGUUGCUAUUCAUGGAUGAUUUUAUUGGUCGAACCAUAAACAAAGUAACUCUCCUUGUGUACAUACAUCCUACAAACGAGCGAAUGAAUGCACGCGAAUGAAUUCUAUCAAAUAGAUGGGCAAAAAAAGUUAAUCGAAUUUUGAAAAGGGCCCCGCUGCAAACAGGAUACCAUACGAGAGAUAAAGCGAGAAAAUCCACCCGACGGAGCUGAAAAAAUGUGAUUUACGUUCGUCUAAAUAAUAAGAAUUAGUAAACCGUAGUUCAUUGCGAAUCAUUAGAAAAUUAAAACACUCUGUAAAUAGGUAAACCGUAAGCUAUGAAUCGAUCGAUGAAGAAAACGACAAGUGUAGUUCUAAUCAAUAGACUCUGUGAAGAAAAUAAUCGUUUAUUUAUUUCAUUUGAGAGACCAAAACUCACUGUGAACAUGUUGGAGUGAAUAAAAAAAAUAUGUUUAAGUUGAAAA